GAUCGCAUCUCCUCACACUGUGGUACCUAUCUGGGAAAACAUUACGUUUCUGCGAAUUUUUUCGGACGCUCGAUAAUCGUACAUACGCUCUCUACGGAUAGAUGAGAAGACGUUCUACCAUUCUCGCAAACGUAAUUUUAGGGAACAGCUUAAGAAGAUGAAAUCUAUACAGACCAAGGGUAAGACCAAGAAAAAAAACGAGAAACUUGGCAAAAUAAAACUUUCUACCAAGGAUACAAAUAGUAUAGUUAAUCCUGAUUUAUCCAACUUGCGUAAACCAAUUGACACAAGUGUAUCUGAUCUUUGCCAAGUUAGUAAGCUCCUCGAGAAUGGCACUGACGAGGUUAAAUCUAUCUUAUCAUACGAAUGCAAUAUUAUAUACGAAUGCCGUACUUGUCACAGUUUAUUUAGGAGUAUCGUAAAUUUGAUAUCUCACAAAAGAGAAUAUUGCAGGAAAAAAUUUGAUAUUACACUUCAUAGGAGUAUACUACACAACUAUAAUCACUCUAGUAAAGAAUCAAUAAUCCAAAUGUGCAAAACGGACCAGACAAGAAUUAAAGAGAGCAUUAAGAAUGAUAGAAUACUUAGGAGUCAAGUAUCAAAAGAAUCACAUAAAAAAGAUCUCAGUACUGUAAUAGAAAUGCUCAACAAAAAAAGAGAAGAAAGUAUGGAUAAUAAUGUCUCCAGUGAAUUAAAAAACACAAUUUUUCAUGCUCCAAGUAACCAACAUAUUUAUUUGGAAUCUAUAAACACAAACCAUUCUGCAGUAUAUCAAACUGUUAAAUCAUCAAACACAAUGAUCGAUACUAAAGAUUUAAUGAAAGAACAAGUAGCAAAAUUACAUAAGACAGAUCAGAAUACCAUCAUAUUAAAAGGACAAACACUUGAAAAUCAAUUGGAAAAGAGUGAUAGUCCUAUUCAAAUGGAUAUGAGCGACGAGGAGAAUGAAUUAUUAGCACAUAGAUUACCUACAAAUAACUUGGCUUGCACAAUAUGUAAUGCAAAAUUUUCAACAAAGAAGACAUUAACUUUUCAUAUGAAAACACUGCAUACAUCUAAGCGCAUAUGUUAUCCUUGUCCUUGCUGUACAAGUACAUUUGCAAAUACAUGGAGCGUUUAUCGGCAUUUAUAUAAAGUUCAUAGGAAGACUAAUGAACAGGUGCGUAAAUUAAGAUCUCAUAUUCAAGAGAAAGCAUUUCACAGAGAAACAACUAUCACGGAAGGUUUAGAAAAUGUUCGGGCGACCAAAACAUCUGUUUUGGAAAAUGUAACAAUGAAGAAUAAUGAUAAAACUCAGAAAUCAAUAAAUCAUAUAGAAUCUACUGCAGAGCUUCAAAGUUGUGGCAGGCGUAAAAAAAGAUUUAAGACAAGAGCAGUUUUCUCAACUCCUUUGCAAUAUUUUCAAAUACCAAUUGCUGCAUGCAAUGAAACUACAACUACAAUCAGACAAUCUAAUAAAACUUUAGCAGACUCUAAUACUAUGUUGUGUGAAAAAGAAGACACCGAUGCAGCAACUAUAAUUGUAGAGCAAUCUGAUAUUCACUCUGGAUGUACAUUGUCAUCUCCCGAGAUUUGUGAGGAAAAUGAAACAUCUAUUCGUGUUCAACGUGUUUCUAGUCUUAGUAAAGAAGUUUGGGAUAUUCUACAAAAAGAUCUUAAUUUUCCUGAUAAGUGCAAUUCUGUGGACAACAAUAACGAUCUUCAUAAAAUUACACCAUUGAUAAUACAAAAUGUCGAUAAUAGCAAAUUACAGUCUUCUGAGAAUGAAAAUCAAGAUAAUUCUAUGUCCAACACAAAUUUACAAUCAUCCGAAGUUGUGUGUACAAAUAUAAGUGAAAUUAAUUCUGUCACUACAAAGAUAAAAAAUAACAAAGAAAAAAUAUCAGGUCACCAAUCUGAUGAGAUACCAUUGACUGAAUUAAAAAAAAGAGAUGUGAUUGAAGUACAAGAGGAUAAUUCCAAGUUGCAAUCUUCGUGUUCAAUACAAUCAAACGAAAAGAGUCAAACUUUAUUAAUGGAAAAAAUAGCCACCAUCGCAAACUUUCAGAAACUACAGUGCCUUUUAUGUAAACGAAAAUUUACAUCCAUGCCCAAUCUACGUAGACAUAUGGCAACUCAUAUCGGUUGGAAUCGAUAUCGUUGCAAGUUGUGUGAUUUUAAAUGUUUCGUCAAAUGCGAUUGCGUUGCGCAUUGCAAUAAAAUGCAUAACGCGCAAAACAAUCGAGCAGUUAUAGCAGAAAUAGUAAUCGAGAUACCACAAAAUGAAUAUACAUGUAAUGAAAAUAUUGUCAUGAAUGUAAUGAAUACAGAGGAAAAAAUGAAUGAUCCCGACAUUAUGGAUUUAACUGCAUUUCAGUCGGAAAAAUAUGUAGACUUAAACAAUUCAGAUAAUUACAUCGCUGUACAAAAUGAAACUACUACUACUAUAGAUGAACAACAAGAGUCAAGCAAAAAUAUCGAGUAUCAAGAUAUUGCUGAAGAAGAAGGCGAUAAAACUGUGACACAAAAUUUAGCUGAAUAUAUGAUGAAUAGCGGAUCAGGAAAAUUAGAUGCUCAUCCUGAUCUUAAACGAAUGGUGAUGGAAGUGAUAUUCGGUUCAAGCGACACAAGUGCAAUUGAACAAACAGAUUCCGAUAAGUCUGCAUUAAAAUCUGAUAGCGAUGUGAGAGAAUGUAUAAAUGAUAAUGAAAAUAGCACUGCAUCCAGUGACGACGUUAAGGAAGCGCCUCGCUCGAUAUCAGAAAUACCUUCUACGCUUGAUAAUUUGAAGAACCAACGUCCUAUACGCAAUCGAAUGAAACCUCUAAGCAACGAUUUCGUGUACGAUUUGAAGGAAAUUACAUUUCGGAAGGAGUGUGCCCUUUUUAAUGAUUCUGCAACAUUGCAUGUGCGAAAAAAAGCUAAAUUGUACAAUUGAACGUUUGAUCAUAAUUAUCAGUUGAUUAACGUUGUUUGUUACUAAAUAUAUAUAUUUA